AUGAAGAUCCUCGAGACCCAAUCUGCGCCGUUGACCAACUAUGAGGUCCUCACGCACCUCCAAUCCAUGCGCAAGCGCUACGACGCAGAACAUAGUGUCAAAAGCGGGAACUUGGAAACCGUCAUGAAAGAGUUAACAGACUACCUCACCACCACCCCGUCCCCGCUCGCGGGAGAGCACGAAUACACAGACGAGACGAUCCCGAAGCUGAUGAGCGCGCUGGAACCGUAUGAUCUGACAAAAGCCGAGAUGCUGAUGAUAUUCAACAUCCGCCCGGAGAGCCAGGGCGUGCUGGACACGAUAGUCGAAGAGCUGGAUAUGCGGCUGGACGAGAAGCAGCAGGAGGAGAUUGUCGAGCAUGUCGCGCGCAUUUUGGGCAGAGCGCCUGAGCCCGAAGGCGAGGGUGAAGACGCGGAAGGCGAAGAGGAAGAAAUGGAGGCUGUGGAGGGCGAGGAAGGCGGUGCGGCGGAAUGA